CUUAUUUCGUAGGGCUUUUUUUACAAGCCGACUCCUUUUCAUGGAAACUCCCAGCGCCCGUUCGUCGUUGCCAUGACAACGAGACUCCGCGUUUCAGGUUGCCUCUUUGCCACGCUGAGCUGCGAGGGCGGCUCUUGUUUUGCGGAUUUUUUCAGGCAGCGCCGUCGAUCACGAGCAGUGAAAAAACACGCGGACGAACAUGAACAGAUCACACGGUUUGGUGAAGUCGCCGAGGCAUCCAUCGAAGAUAUCAGGACAGCUUGAAGUUUUGAGUCCUGAAGAUGGGAUCAUCGUGGGACAGCUAGGAAUAAAGGCACGAAGGACCUCAUCUGAUGGCCCACUGUUGUCUCUAAAGGGAUCUGUAAAUGGCAGUCUACAAGUGCUUGAUGAUGGGGAUGGUGUUCUAGUUGAGCAGUUAAACACAGGGUCACGGGCAAGAAGCAGUGCAUCCAGGAAGAACUCAGAAGGCAGAAUGACCCACACACCCACAAAGCAGAUUUCUUUAAAUGCACCAAAGGUUACGUCUGACAUCUGCUUGAGAGACGCCGAGAAGCCUCUAAACAUGAAGCAGUCGGUUCAGACACGUAGCAAAGAUAAACUGCCUCCACACGUCCCAGGAGAUGCAGCAUCUGAUCUGCAUGGAAGCCAAAGCGAAACAGAGCAGAAAACGAGUAUCUGCAAGAUCAUGAAGGGCCAGCCUAUGGAGUCAGAGAUAAACGAUGAAAAACCUGAAGAUUCUGUGGGCAGCAUCGAGCCAGUCAUUCUCUCACCCUCUGUGAAUACAUCUUCUCCAGUGAAUGGCACAAACAUUUCAACAAAAUCCCCUGGAAGUGAUGAAGGAGAAACUGACAGCACUGCAGACAGUGAGGAUGAGGAGGGAGACAGUGAAGAUGAAGACAGAAAAGCUCCUAUAGAACUGCUGGGGGAGUUUCUUCAUGCGGUAAUGAAUGAAAAUUACACCCUGGCUAAUAAGCUGUGCCAAAUGAUUCUUAUUUAUGAAGCUGACAACCCAGAGGCCAAACAAUUUAUUCCACUCAUCGAGGCGAAGUUACUGAUAGAGCAAGAGCAGGAUGAACAUGAAAGCACAGAUGAAUCCAGUAGUGAAGACAGUGAUGAUGACAGCAGCACCGAAAGUGACAGCAGCGUCAGUGGGGACAGUUCAGAGGAAGACUCUGACACUUCGGAGGAUGAAGCUGACGAUGACACACAAGAGGCUUAAGGAAAUGCACAGUGUUAUUUCUUUUUGUCAUACUUCUUGUUGAAUAAAACCAGCACAGCAUUUGCUUCCUAUUGUACCUGACAGUCUGGGCUCACCGCCAGCUCUAAGUGACCCUGAGGUGGACUAAGAAGGGGAGAAUUGAUGGCUGGUUUGGAUCCAUGUUUUAAUCCAGUGUUUGACCCACGCAGUAGGAUGGACUGUCGACUAAUAUCAGUGGUGAGACUCAGCCAAAGAGUUGGACUGGAAAACACCAGGCUGUCUGUGCCGUCCUACCCAGUGACCCGUUUAAGACCCCAAGUGAUUCACGUCACUAGCCUGUGCUCCAUUUGUGUAGUAAUGCAUACACUACUGUACUUGGCCUUGUAAGCCACUUUGAAGUGAAGUUACAGCAGUAAAUAAAUUCAGUGUACGUUACUCAA